CCCACCCCCCCCCACCCCCGUCUCCUUCCUGUUGUUCCAACUCCAUUUUCCCAUCUCAAAAGUCCACCUUGGCCGCUGUCUACCGCGGCGACACCGCGCGGAACAGCGGCGGAGCGCCAAAGGUCGCCGGCGACCACAGACGCCGCCGCCGGCCGGGUCUCGAUACGACCGAGUCCUCCGAAUCUUCCGCUCGACCGGCCCGCAACUUUUCCAGCGGUCACCGUGACGUCUGCUCCGUCACGCCGUAGGCUGAAAUGGCGGGUGCGUCGGUCAAGGUGGCGGUGCGCGUCCGCCCGUUCAACGCCAGGGAAACGGGCCGCAACGCCAAGUGUGUCAUCCAGAUGCAGGGCAACACUACUUGCAUCGUUAACCCCAAGCAGCCCAAAGAUGCGGCCAAGAACUUCACUUUUGACCACUCUUAUUGGUCGCAUACCACGCCCGAUGAGCCGACCUUUGCGAGCCAGCGACAAGUGUACCAAGACAUCGGCGAGGAGAUGCUGCUGCACGCCUUCGAAGGUUACAACGUGUGCAUUUUUGCGUACGGACAAACCGGGGCGGGGAAGAGCUACACCAUGAUGGGAAAGCAGGAGACGGGGCAGGAAGGCAUCAUUCCACAGCUGUGCGAAGACUUGUUCCAGAGGACAGGGGGCAACACGGAUCCUGACCUGACCUAUUCAGUGGAGGUGUCCUACAUGGAGAUCUACUGCGAGCGUGUUCGAGAUCUGUUGAACCCAAAGUCCCAGGAGACCCUGCGGGUGAGGGAGCACCCCAUCCUGGGACCCUACGUGGAGGAUCUGUCCAAACUGGCCGUGACCGGAUUCCCUGACAUUCACGAUCUGAUGGUUGCCGGUAACAAAGCCAGAACGGUGGCGGCCACCAACAUGAAUGAGACGUCGUCGCGCUCGCACGCCGUCUUCACCAUCGUCUUCAGCCAGCGGCGCCGAGAUCUCCUGACCCAGCUGGACACGGAAAAGGUCAGCAAGAUCAGUUUAGUUGACCUGGCGGGAAGUGAACGCGCUGACUCCUCAGGAGCCAAAGGCACCCGACUCAAGGAAGGAGCAAACAUCAACAAGUCUCUCACCACACUGGGAAAAGUCAUCUCUGCUCUGGCCGACAUGCAGAGCAGCAAGAAAAGGAAAAGCGACUUUAUACCCUACAGAGACUCGGUGCUGACCUGGCUCCUCAAAGAGAACCUGGGCGGAAACUCUCGCACGGCUAUGAUCGCCGCUCUCAGUCCUGCCGACAUUAACUACGAAGAAACCCUCAGCACUUUGAGGUAUGCCGACCGAGCCAAGCAGAUUCGCUGUAACGCCAUCAUCAACGAAGACCCCAACGCCAAACUGAUUCGAGAGCUGAAAGGGGAAGUGGAACGACUGCGGAGCCUCCUCUUCGCUCAGGGCCUGCACGAGCUCAUCCACAACCAGGCCAACAACCAUGACUCCUCCUCAGGGGGUGUAUCCUCAGCGCUGACUAUCACGGCCAUUGGCACGGUCGAUCCCAAAGACUCCGCCUCUCCAGGUGUGUUUGAACUUAGUGAGUCGGCGGAUGUCAAUCAUCUUCCGGAUGGGGAAGACGAGGUUGCCACGGAAACCAUCAGUAAAGAGGAGGCAGCUGAGAGACUGCUGGAGACAGAGAAGAUCAUGGCUGAGCUCAACGAGACUUGGGAGGAGAAGUUAAGGAAAACGGAAUCCAUCCGUUUGGAGAGGGAGGCGCUCUUGGCCGAGAUGGGCGUGUCCAUUAAAGAAGAUGGGGGGACUCUGGGUGUCUUCUCUCCUAAAGGGACUCCACACCUUGUCAACCUGAACGAGGACCCUCUCAUGUCCGAGUGCCUCCUUUACUACAUUAAGGAAGGGUUCACCAGGGUAGGACAGCAGGAUGUGGACAUCAAGCUGUCUGGUCACUUCAUCAAGGAGAUCCACUGUGUGUUCGUGAGUGAGACCAACGAACAACGAGAAGUGGUGGUCACUCUGGAGCCGCUGGUGGGGGCGGAGACUUACGUCAACGGGAAGCAGAUCACGGAGGCGGUCGUCCUCAAGCAAGGGAACCGCAUCGUGAUGGGCAAGAACCACGUGUUUCGCUUCAAUCACCCGGAGCAGGCCCGGCUAGAGCGGGAGCGCAGUGUCACGGCCGAGCAGCAGGGGGAGCCGGAGGACUGGACUUACGCUCAGCGGGAGCUCUUGGAGAAACAAGGCAUUGACAUCAAACUGGACAUGGAAAAGAGGCUUCAGGACAUGGAGACGCAGUACCGCAAGGAAAAGGAGGAGGCCGACUUGCUGCUGGAGCAACAGCGGCUGUACGCAGACAGCGACAGCGGAGAUGAUUCCGACAAACGCUCGUGCGAGGAAAGCUGGAGGCUUAUCUCCUCCCUCAGAGAAAAACUACCUGCCAACAAGGUGCAGUCCAUCGUGAAGCGUUGCGGUCUUCCCAGCAGCGGAAAGAGGAGAGAGCCUCAAAGAGUCUAUCAGAUUCCUCAGAGGAGGCGGAUCAGCAAAGACCCCAAGCGCGUCACCAUGGAAGAUCUUCGCUUGCAAGCUGUCAAAGAGAUCUGCUACGAGGUCGCGCUGGGAGACUUCCGACACUCGCGGCAGGAGAUCGAGGCGCUGGCCAUCGUUAAGAUGAAGGAGCUGUGCCGCAUGUACGCCAAGAAGGACGCCAACGAAAAGGACAGCUGGAAGGCGGUGGCGCAGGACGUGUGCGACACGGUGGGCAUCGGGGAAGAGAGGAGCCCCCCGUCGGAGGAGGGAGGAGCAGGAGGAGAGGCCGGCGAAGGAGGAAAAGCCUACGACCUGAAGGCUCACAUCAACAAGCUAACGGACAUCUUGGAGGAAGUGAAGCUGCAAAACAACAUGAAGGACGAGGAGAUCAAAGCGCUGCGCGACCGAAUGAUCAAGAUGGAGAGCGUCAUACCCGUCAAGGUGGAGGGCGCCGCGUCUGAGCAGAGCGAGCAGGUUAACAGCGAAGAAGCGGAGGGGCCUCCGCCGAGGGAGGACCGUGUUCAGCGUCUCAUGGAGGAGGACCCGGCGUUCAGGAGAGGGCGCCUCCGCUGGCUGAAGCAGGAACAACAGAGGAUCGUCAACCUGCAACAGCAGAACAUCAGUAAGAAGCUGCGGGGCCUCAACCAAGGCGAACCUGGUCAGAUUGUGCAUCUCCCCGGGACGGGACGCUUCAUCCCUCCCCAGGACUGCAAGCUUAAGUUCCCCUUCAAGAGCAACCCUGCGCACCGCUACUCGUGGGGACCGGCCAGUGCCGCCCUGCAGGCGCUGGGUUUAGGAGAGGGGGGGCUUCCGGGGGAGGGAAGGGGAGGAGCCGAGGGAGGUGGGGAAGACGGGAUCUUGGUUCCCCCUUUCCAGUCCCCGCCCCCGCGCAUUCGCAGCCCUAGCCCGCAACGCGCCUGGCAACAGAGGAGCCACAGCAACCAGCGGCAGCCGCGCUACCGCCGAAACUCAUUCGACGGCUCCGCCCACAGCAACGGUAACAACGACGAGCAGCAGCAAAGGGGCGGGGCUCACCAAGGAAGACCAAGGCAGAGGAGGGGGCCGUCACCUGGGCCGGGUGGACACCGGGGGGGAGGUGAUGCGGGCUUCCACUACAACCAACAUCCUGCCCCUCCUCCUCACCACCAUCAUCAGCAUCUUCAUCAUCCCUACUACAACCCCCACAAUGCACCAUUUCCAAAUUUCCAUCCCGCCCCACCCCCUCCCGCCCAAAUCCUCCUGGGUCCGCCCUUGACCGGUUGGGGCUUCACUACGCCGCCGCCACGAAUGAGACGACAGUUCAGUGAGCCGGACCUCAACAACCAGCAACCCCCCUCUGACCUCUGAACUCUGAGGCUGGAUUCGCUACUCCGACAUGCUGUAUACAGUAAACCCCCGCAAUUCACCGGCUGUGGGGACCAGCGGCCGCAAGCCAUUGACACUCGCCCUGAAAGGGUUUACAACUGCCUAGUUUUGGAGUUAAAACCACAAACCAGGAUCCAAAAACACUAACUACAUACAUCCAGAUGACUUUAUUUUAUAAGAGCAAACAUGUACACACACAAAAUCAAACAUUGGUUGAAAUUACGCCUGAUAUUUUAGCUUUAACUUUUGUAAACGAUUCAUUUAAAAUUAAAAUUAAAUGGGUUCAUGUAAUCUAAUUUCAUAGGGUGAAACAAAACAAUUAUUCCAAUUGGUGACAAGUUAGCACAUCCGCCCCAUAGGUUAGAGAUUGAGAGUUUAAAUCCGAGCUCUGGCCUUCCCGUGUGGAGUUUGCACAUUCUCCCUAUUCCUGCGUGGAUCUGCUCCUGGUCCUGCAAUUUUUUUCCCUGCAUGCCAAAAAUAUGCACAUUAGAGUCAUUGAAGAUGCAGAAUUAUCCCUAGGUUCCAAUGUGAGAUUCUUCCAUCAUUCAAAAGUGUUUACAUAUAGUCUUUUUUUUUUUUCGCUUCAACUGAAAGCAUUCUUUGCAUUCAUUUAUAAAGCCAACUUAAUUAUUUUAAUUCCAAACGACUUGAAAAGAUUGGUUUGCUUCCGUUUAAGUAAUGACUUUACAUGAAGUUAAAUAUUUCACGUUCUGCUAUAUUAUUUACACGAGUAAAAGCUAAAAUAUUGUGACAGAUUACCUCCAUUUUUUUUCAAGGUUCAAAUCUCCGGAACUUUCACUAACAACCCAGGCUAAACUUAGCUCCGACCCAACUUUGGUGCCACGUGUUACAGAAAGAGUACAAAGUCCGAAAGAUGCAAAUAGUUGACUUUUGCAACAAAUAAUGGAGGAGAUGCUCCUCGAAAAAUAGAAACGAAUAGUUGAUUUCCUGAGAGGUGUCAGGACUAUGAGGGGGAUUCUUGGUAUAUGUGUGUGCAGGUCAUGUGCAUGCGUGCAAGCUGUUUUGUUGACUUGAUGGUGGUCAUACGAUCACUUGAGCUCCUGUGGCUUACUGCUGUUAGCUUGUUGUUGUUUUGCAUUUUUAGCCCAGGACGCUAGAUGUCUUAUCAUGCUAAGGCGUAGAGUAGCAUCGGGAAAGCGCUUGAACACGCGGACAACAUUGUGUACAAUUAUGAAGAUAAACAAUAUGUACAGAAUGGCUUUCAAAGUUAGCAGGUUAGCCGCCUGCUAACCAGUCAAACCAAAGAUGCUGACGCGUUUUUUUGUGUAUGUUGAGAUGGACUGCGGGAAAUGGAGCAAGUGAGGACGUUAACUGGGAAGUGAAAGGUUGUGGAGUUGUAGAAGAACAUUCAACUGUGCUCAUGGAAUUAUAUUUUGGGAGAUUUUUUGGGGGGGGAGAAGAAAGUGCAUAAGGUGCAGUCAUUGUUGUUGUUUUUUUGAGGUAUUCUUUUUCACCCCACUGUCAUGUUAGCCAACGGUGGGCUCAACAAGACCCCGCUGAGCAUGAUGGGAAAUUAUGACCAUGCCUUUAAUGUAGACUUUUUUUUUUUUCAUGUGUGUCCUUCCUAACCUCAUCCUCACUCAUAUUAUUCAUUUUAUUAUUAUUAUAAUAAUUGUUAUAGUGCAUCUUCAAGUGGGGGAAUCUUUUGGGUGCUGCUUAUCAACGUGAGUGUGUGCGCGUGCGUGUGUUUAGAAUCACAAGUGAAGGUUAUUUUGACUUCUAUCCAAGCUUUUGCUUUGUCAUCGUCUCUGAACUUUUAUUUUGCAGUCUUGAACCCCUACGCCUCAAAAGACUGGAGCCCAAUAAACACUACAGCUUCACAACUUU